CUGAUUGCUCUUAAGAGCUUUAAAAGAGACAGCGAGAAAACAGAUUGUUAUACAAUAUGGAAGUUAUCCAUCCAGAAAUGUAGUUUGUGUGCAGUUAGAGACAACGGUAGGUAUUUGUACGUCGGUGUUUCAGGUACUCUGCUAUUAUGUUUUAUGGGAUUUAAUUCGUGUAAACACCUCUUUUUAUUAUCCUUAUAUUGAACCCAAAAAGUCGGCGAAUCUCCUGAGCAAAGUGUUUUAAAAGCUAAACAUUAUUCGCUUAGCAAAAUUGUGUCAUCUACUGUAGUUUUGCUUCAUACACAACAUAUACCAUGUUCGGUGCUGUAUCACUUUCAACUGCAAUACAGGUGUCAUGGAAUUACCUAGAUGAUUGUCACAUUGACCUCAGCCAAGAAUAGGAGAGGGUCAAGGGAGGGUAAAGCUUAGGUUACACCAGGAUCCACACAGGGGCUUCCAAAUAUGACAUAUUGAUGAGCAUGCCGCCUUCCUCCAUUUAAGCCUAAAUUGAUACACACUUUUUUAAGGCAAAAUAAUACUGCAGAAUCACAAGACACACAUGGGUCUUCUCACCAAAAAGAUAUGAAAAGUUUAAUGUUUAAGAAAAAUACAUACAUACAUACGCACGUACAAACCUGAAAAUAUCUAAUGCAUCAGUUCUUAAUGCAUUAUGCAAAAAAAUAAAAAAUAGAAUACAACCUGUGUUGGUUUUGCACUGAUAACAUUUAAACGAGUUUUAUUCUCUAUGUAACGAAUAGACAUGGAUAGAACAUUUCAGCAAAACAAUGAGCAUCUUUUUGGUAAUCUUUCCUUUUGCAUAUGGAAAAAUGUACUAGACUAUGCAGGUGGGUCAAUACAGCAUUUUCUAGCAAAAGUAAUUACUUUUUAGCAUCAGUAACUAUUAGCAGGGGAUAUAUUGAUUUUGUGAAAAUAAAGUAAUAAGGAGCAAAGCAUCAAAUAAGACCACAAAACAUUGCACAUUGCAUGUUUUGGCAGUUAUGCCAAGUGGAAAAUAUUGCUUAUUGGAUGGGGGUGUAAACAAAAAGUAAUUGGUUUAAUAGAAGCUUCUGAGGUUUUCUUCCACCCCUGUUUUCCUGAAGGAUGGUACGCUCCCAGCCGCUCUCUCUUUCUCUCUCUCCAUCGCUCUGUCUCGCUCUCUCUCCCUCAGACUCCCUGAGCUUCAUUACAUUCUGGAUCUGCGUAUGUAACAGGAGGAAACAUUGGAAUAAGACAACAGGGGCUCAUUGUGUUUGUUUCUGAAACAGUAUCCCGAGCAACUUUUCCACCGGUCUUCACUCCUGCAUGGGAAUCAGCCGUUCAUCUCAUCUGAGAACCUGAGAAACACGUUUUUCUUUUCUUCUCUGAAAAGACGUAAGGAAGGAAGACCCUGGAAGUUUCAGUCUUUCGCCACUUCCCUAAUGUGACUGUGGACAUGCAGACUGAAGCCACAAUGGUGUGGGGAUAAGUUCUGUAUGAAUGCAUGGCUGGAAGGGGAGCGUUUUUCACGAGGAUAACGCUGAGUAAAUCACUUUGAGUGGUAAAAACUUUCCACAAGGCGGAGACUGAACUGGGGUUUUCCUUGGGCUCGGCACAGACUGAUUUUUAAAAUUCCAAGAUGCGCCUGUUGAGCUCGUCUGACGCCUGUAGGAUCGGACUGAGCCGGAGCGGAGCGCUGAAGUCCGGUAUGAGCCGUUUACUUGUCCUGCUCCUUACGGUCGCACUCUCCCGUUGCUCGUGUCCGGACAGAUGCUUGUGCUCCUCACAAACGGUCAAAUGCCAAAACCAGGACUUGAGUGCGAUUCCACUGUCCUUACCGCUCAAUACCAGGUUCUUGUUUGUAACGGGAAACAACAUCUCUGAUAUAACCGUGGACUCCUUCCCAACCAAACUGGAAAUGUUAACUGAUCUCUAUCUCAGUGGGAACCAGAUAGAGUCUGUUGGGGAAAAGGUGUUUGAGAACUUGCCAAACCUUGUCCGACUGGACCUGAGCAACAACAAAUUCCAGACUUUCAGCGAUAGUGCGCUUCCUGACAUUAAUAGGCUGGAGGUAUUAAACCUCAGUAAGUCUUUCCAAAAUCAUACCGACAUAGACGUGGUCGUCGGCGUGCUGCAGAGUGCGAAGCUUGACAGGCUGAAAGUUCUGGACCUGUCCAACAACGACCUUGUGAUUCUCCCAGAAGACACCUUCAUGAGCCUUUCAAACCUGGUCAACCUCAGCCUGCAGAACAGCUCUAUCAUCUCCAUCCAGAAUGGGACGUUGAAGGUGCCACAACUGCAUAACCUUGACCUGAGAGACAACAGCAUGAAGUACCUGCCGACCACCACCCUCGCUGAGUUCAGCAGCAUGCCUGACCUUCGCAUCUGGCUGUCAGGGAACCCCUGGCGCUGUGACUGCUUCAUAGAGGACACACUGUUAUGGUUGAAAAAUUCCACUCAGGUCAUUGACAUGCAGAAUCUGACCUGCAAAGACCCUGAGGCCUUGAGACGACAUCUGCUCAUGCACGUGGAUCCAUCCCAUCUAAACUGCUCUGGCAACAUGGAAGGUGUGUUGGAGACUUCUUAUGUUUUUUUGGGUCUGGUUCUGGCACUAAUUGGUGUCAUUUUCCUGUUGGUGCUGUACCUGAACAGAAAAGGCAUAAAACGUUGGAUUUAUAACUUUCGGGACGCUUGUAGGGACCAUAUGGAAGGGUACCAUUACAGGUACGAGAUCAACUCUGACCCACGACUGGCAAACCUGAGCAUCAAUUCGGAUGUGUGAUGCAGGAUGGGACAAGGUUAGGGAGUCACAUUGAUCUUAAAGGACUAAAACUUUUUAGACUUGCAUGAAAUGCUUCCUCCCUUUAACCAUUUUUGUCCAUGAUGCUGUUAUGUUACUACAUCUGUCAUGAUUCCAAAUCUCAUGAACUAUUCAGUCACCCUUGCACGUCCUCUACAAAUACAAGGAAGCUGAGACAUUACCUGUAUUCCGCCUGUGCAACAAUGCAUGGACAAUGAUUCGUGACCUGUUUUUUGUUUUUAUUAUUCAAAAGGACAUAUUAAAGGUGUACACUGACUUAUAAGUGAAUUGA